UCCCUCAGGUUAGCUGAGCUGCUGGCGUCGUUACGCUUUUUAGCUGUAGCUAAUAAAAACCAUGAAAAUGUUGACUCUGAUUAAGUAGUGAUGACCAGAAGAAGAAUUUAAAUUGAACAGUAACAAGAACUCAACUGUUAUGAGAUUUAACCAAGCGUUUUUGUGUGUUUAUGACGUGUAGCUACUGGCUAGUUAGCCGCUAGUUUGGCUAACGAUGUUUGCAGAGCUCAACAGCAUCUUGAACGUCAGCCCGGAGCACUUCACCACGGGCGAGUUUGUGCUGCUGUCUGACAGGCAGAGUGAUGCCUCCUUCCUCAUGCACCACUUCCUCGGAUUCUACCUCAGAGCGGGCUGUCAAGUUUGCUUUCUUGGGCUGGCGCAGUCAUUGAGUCACUACAGUGUAGUCAGCCAAAGACUGGGUGUGAGUCUGUCUCAGGCAAAGGAGAAAGGUCAGCUGGUGUUCCUGGAAGGACUCAACGAAUGCUUGGCCAUUCUUAAUCCUGAUGGUGUUAGAACAGGAAGUGAGGCAAUGGAUUUCCUCAGGAAUCCCGGGGCAGGCCUGCGAGCUCUCUUCCAGUUUGCGCACUCCAGCAUCAAUCAUUCCUGGGGCGCAGAGGAGCGGGCAGGCGACGCUGGGGGCGGGCCCCCUGUGCUGCUGGUGGACGACGUGAGCGUGCUGCUCAGUCUCGGCGUGAGUGCGGACGCCGUGCUGGACUUCAGCCAUUACUGCCGCGCCACUGUCUGCUCGCAGCUGAAGGGCAACGUGGUGAUCCUGCUGCGCUGCGACAGAGAAGACGACGACUACGACGAUGAAGGAAGUGACGAAGGCUUGGAGAGGCUGCUGAGGGGUUUGACUCACCAGUGUAGCCUUGCUCUUCACGUACAAGGUCUCCCGACGGGAUACUGCAGGGACAUCCACGGCCAGGUGGAAGUGUGUGACAGGAGGAGACAAGCUGACGGUCAGCAGAAGAAAACAACAUUUCAGUAUAAAGUCCAUGACAGAGGAGCCUCCUUCUUUGCUCCGGGGACAUCGAGGGCUGUUCUGUAGUCUCAGCACGUCAACGCAUUCCUCGUCUGGGAUUGAGAAAGAGGAAAUAUGACUGAUGACGCCGGCCAAAGAAGCAGGCAGGACAAUUGAUGCUUAUUAGUGCACUUCUGGAUGCGCAUUCUUUUUGGACGUUUAAAAGGAUUUUUUAAAACAGGUAUUUCCUGCUUCACAGAAGAUGUCCACGUAUCGUAGUAAUGCCGGGAGAGUCUAAAGUUAAGUUCAAAUGAUGUUACAAUGACAUUCAGUAGCCAAAUAAUUCUGAUUGUGAUGAGGAGCAAAACAGUACAACUCAGUAGCAACAGGUGCAUAUUUUCAGAAGGCCAAUUCCUAUCCGUUAGAUUCAAUCUAUAAUCAUCAAAAUUAUUUAAUAGGGUCAAUAUCGCUAUGAAGUGCCCUUGGUGUCCUCAUCACAAGCACGCAGUCAUCAUGAAAAUAUAGCACAGUAAUACUGUCUUAUUACAAGUGACUAAACCUUUGCACUCAUACCAGUACAAUAAUGACAAGUCUCUUAAAAUGCAGAAACCCUCUGACGUGUUGAGUGACAUAACUAGCAUUUUCUCUUUGUUUGUCAUGUUUUGUCAUUUUCUUCACAUUAUGUGUUGUUGUACAUAGUCGAGCUUCACACAUCCUCUCUGCCAUAGUGAAAUAUCAAUUAACAUAAAAACCUGUCAGAAAUUUCAAAAAAUAUUUGUCAAACAGUACAGUCAGCUUGCUAACUGAAUUAUGUUGCUCAGUGAAGGUCUACCAUGUGAUCAUUAAAUGAUAAUUAUUAGCAUAAAAUGUCCACCCUAUCAUUGUCUACUGUGUCAGCGAGCUCACAUAUUUUGCUGCCUGUGUGUACAUUGUCUGCUUGCAGUUAAUUUAUUUAACAAAAAAAAAGUGUGGGAACUUGACCAAUACUGUACUUACUGUAAUUACUUAAUACAAAGAAUAUGAAGUUAAAUGGAAGCUAUUUUUGGGACGAAAUGGGGAAGUCUCUAAGGCACCUUUAAGUGUUAUUGACAAAAAAAAAAAAAAUCAUCAAAUAUACUUCAAUCUGUGUAAUGUAUCUGUAAUAUGAGGAUCACAAGAUAAUACAAGACGGAAAGUAUUUUGUUUGCAGUUUUACUACCCAUUGUGCUUAGUUAUUAAAAGAGUUAUUAAAGUUAACAAAUAUGUUUUGUACAUUUUGUUUUUCCGUAUACAUUUUUACUAGUUUUACCAGAUUUUUUUAUUUUAUUUUACCCAAUUAUCUACUUGUUUGAGUACUUUUGCCACCUUUACUAAUUUAUAUAUUCAAAACCAUUAUGUGAUUUUAU